AUGACCUCCAUCGAGUUUCGCCCCGUCUGCAGCUUCUCCUCUCCGCUUUCCACGCAGCGGUCGAGGCGGUCUGCACCAGGAGCCACCGCCAGCUGCUGCUUGAUCGUUGCUCAGAGAGGCUUGCUUUUCGCUGGCCUCAGUGAUGGAAAGAUCUUGGCUUGGGAGAUCGACCGAAAUUGUGCUGACCGCAGGGCCAAAGAGAGCAAAGCUCGAGUCCUGGAAGAGCACAAGGGAGAUGUGCGGUCAUUGAUCUUUGUUGAGAGUCUAUGCCAGGGAGUGAUGAUUUCGGGGGCGGCAGAUCGGUGCAUCAAGAUGUGGGACCUCUCUGAUCCCAGGACAGGUAUCCAGUGUGUACAGAGUCUGUAUGGACAUGGGGGUACCGUCAUCGCACUCGAGCAUGGAUCAGACCUGCUUCUCAGCUCCUCCACGGAUGGGCUUCUCUUUGUUUGGCGCGAUGCGAGCCCCGCUCGGCUCCUUCGCUUUCCAGCCUACGCGGUCCGCCAGCGGCUGGAGCCGCAUGCCGGGACCAGGGCCAAGGAGACCUGGUUCCUGUCGCUGUCCAUGCGGGAAGGCGAGGCUCCCACCCUCUUUGCUGGAGAUUCCGAAGGAUAUGUUCACAUCUUCAAGCUGGACCUUACACAGGACAAAGCGAGCGAGCAGCUCUUCCUGGCGGUCUGGAAAGCAAAGGUCCAUGACCUUGGAGUUUCGAAGAUCAUGGCCGUGCCCAUGGAGUCGUUCCUUUUCACUUUGUCCUAUGACCAGAAGUUGAAGGCCAUGGACAGCGUCACGGGGCAAGUUCUUUUUGAAGAAUUGAAUCAGUGCAACGUUAUCUUUCACAGCUUGGCUUGGGAUUCCGCCAGCCAAGAUGUGAUUGUGUGCGACAGCAAGGGCAACCUGGGCUUCUACAACCUCAUUCAGGAAUCGUGGGUUACCUGGAAGAAUGUGACCGACGAGUCCAUCAUUGACAUCCAUCUUUUGCCUGCCAUCUCCCGACUAGUUCUGCUGACGCCCCACUCCAUUCAGGUGCUUGAUGUCGUGCGAGGUGUCAAGUUUCAGGAGAUCAAGGAGCACACAGCGCCAAUUGUGGCCAUAGCAUCCCGACCUACGAGCCAGGGCGGUGUUCUGUACACAGCAUCUAUGGACAACACCAUCCGGAUGUGGGAUUCAGACACCCUGGAGUGCAUCAAGUGCCUCAAGGAGCGGAAGCAGGAGAUCACUGCCAUGGUGUAUGUACCCCGUGCAAAUGUCGUGAUCACUGGCCACGAGAAUUCUGACUUGAAGAUGUGGUCCCUGGAUAGCCAUCAGGAAGCUUGCCUGAGAACGGUCACCGGGCAACCAGUGCACGAGAACACCAUCAGUGCCUUGAUUCUCGUCAAUGUCCAAGCCGAGUCUGCUCACGACGAUCCGACCGGAACAGGCUUCGAGCUCGUGGUGGCCGGCUCCUACGAUCGGCAGCUUUCGUUCUGGCGGGUGACGCUGACCAGCGAUGGCACGGCCAUGGCGAAGUUUGAGCGUGUGUUCCUGGCGCACCAGGAUGCCACAGAUGAAAUCCUUGCUUUGGGACACAGCCCUUUUGGCUCCAUUUUCUCUGGGGGCAAUGAGGGCAUCAUUAGGCAGUGGACCAUCUGGGGUGGCAAGGCAUCUGAGGCCGAUCUGGUCGGACAUGAGGACGCCGUGACAUCGUUUGCGACAGAUGGUUAUUUCCUGUUUUCAGGUUCAGCAGACUGCAGUGUUCGCAUAUGGGAGUGCACCCACGGGCGCCAGAUGAAGAUCGUUCGACUUCAUGAUGUCCCAGUGCAGGCUCUUGUAGUGAUUCCUGAUACCGGCAUCAUCGCUUCGUGUGGGGGCGACGGCCGAUUGGUCUUCUGGGAUUCACAGCUCGGAAGUGUUGAGACAAAGCUUCUUCGCACCUACGAGCAGCCGGAAGAGUUCAGAACUUUGAGUUAUGUUAACUUGAACAACUCCCUCCUAGUCGGUUGCGAGUCCGGGAAGAUCAUUGCUUUUCCUCUGCCAGCGGGAUUGCUUGACAAGGAGCCCAAGGAACCCGAGGUGUUCGGGGGACAUCGGGGGACUGCCUUUCGGGAUCCUCAGCGUUUCGUUUCAGGCCGUCUGAGGCGAAUUCAGGAAAGGACGUUGUGUUUCGUUCGGAACUCCGAGUAUUCGAGUUCCAUAGGGAGAGUGUGA